AUGGAGACCUUAGGUGGCUUCGUGCAGGCGGUCAACGCCGCAAUUCGCAACAUAAAGGUCACAAGAAAUAUUCGCCGCCUCUUUCCCGUUCUCCUCAUCUUUACUAUUGGGGGUGUCCUCAUGUUCACCCUCAACCGCUCCUCAAAUAUACGUCUCGGCUCCUCUUCUUCCUCGUCAGUGUACUUUGGGCUCGACAGCGAAGAUAAACCGGUCACCGCGCAGAACAAUCGAUGGGGAGGACAGACAGUUGCCAGGGAUAUUGAGCUCCCCGAGGCGACUUGGACCUGCGCAUUUAUUCGCAGCAACGGUAUCUGGCCCCGCAAGAACCUGCCCAAAGUCAACCUGAUGUCCGCGGAUGCGGAGGCAGACGUCUUUUGGCAGCCAAGGCUACAACGUUCUUGGAGGAACGUUAUCCGUGCCCACUAUGUUAACGAGACGGUCUUUGUUCACGGAUUCACAAUGAAGCGAUUUGGAGGCACAAAGAAUUCAUGGACUUUCCGCGCUGGAAGAUUUUCCUACGACCCCAUUGGCCGUAUGGGCGCCUGGGAGAUGGAUCACUUUUUCGAGACUGGCAAGGAACUCGUUCUUGCCCAAAGCGAGUUGUCAACGCCGUUCCAGACUCUUCCUCCUGAGGACACCCCCAUCUGCUUCCGGAGGGCCGUUAUCGGACUGGGCUCGCAGUGCGGAUUAGACUAUUGCGAGAACAACGCCCCUGCAGAGGUCUACAAGUCUUUUCGGGAAGAGAUCGCGGAGUACUACUGGUCGACACCGCUGACUUGGGAGAAGCAUGUCAAGAAUGUGCAGGAGUCGAUUAACAGAACACAGGAGAAGGAGCGGACUCACAAAUACGGGCAGGAUAAAAUAGAGGCGCAAGAGCAGGAGGCGGAGAAAAAGAAAGCCGCAAAGUUGCAGCUGAGAUGUCUGGAUCUGGCCAGGUACUACAAUUUUGAGUCAGCUGGACCCAACCACGGUAUCGAGAACGGAGAGGCCAAGAGCAGAGUUGGACAAAUGCACCCCGACAUCGUUGACCCUGCAGAGACUUACCAGAACCUAUUUGAUGAGGGCAAGGAGGGCGAGGCGGCCAAGGAGAGCAAACGCAAGUUGGUGGUGGGCAUUAUCCAGCGUGAAGGAUCCAGACGUCUUGUCAACGACGAAGAGCUGAUCCAGGGUCUUGUCCAAGCUGGCUUCCGUGUCAAGUGGAUAACCUUUGAUCAUGGAUGCGGGAUUGCAGAGACGGCCUACUUGCUCCGGGAUAUCAAUGUUCUGAUCUCGCCUCAUGGAAACGCCCUCGGAACGUCGAUCUUCAUGCCCAACCACGAAGCCGUGCCGACCGUUAUCAGUGUCGACACCACGCGGUACCACGAACCCUGGUUCAAGUUUACGACCACUGCGAUUGGACAGAGAUUCAUCCGGACCGUCUGUGGGCCGACCAACUAUGUGGACGAAGUCUCUCGAGAGCACUGCCCAUACUUCAAGGACAUCAAAGGCGCGUGGGACAUCAUGAGCUCUCACAGCCUCGUCCUUGGUUUGCCGGAUUCGAUGGUCAAGACGGAUAAGCAGAAAGAGUCCAUGUCUGGCGAUGAGCGGGACAAGUUGCGAGACGCCAGCCGGGAGUAUGUCAAGAACAACCCUGCAGCCCAGAAACUUGCCGAGCAGGAAAUGGACGUCCUCAUUGGGCCCGAGAUGCCCGUGUCGAUUAUCCAAAAGUACGGCGGGAUCGCCUAUGAGUUUAUGGGGGUCUACUGGAAAGGCUCUCCUCGCUAUGUGGAUGUUCCCCGGAUAGUCAAGUUUGUUCAGUCGCUGCAACAGGAUCUGGAACAGGAAAAGAUCAAGGAAUCUGCCGCUAUCACCACCACUACUACUACCGCCAUCAAGCAGCAGAGCGAGAGCAUGGGCGCUGCACAAAAGUCAUACGGGCCAUUCGUGGAGUACGUGCGCAAGGGUCAGGCAUGCGGACCUGACGACUGCGAGGGAAUUUUGGGGCGGAACGUGGCGAACGAGAAGACGAGUGCAUUCGGAAAGCAUUCGGUCGACGAUAUCUCGAAAUGGGGACAGCCCACAAGCGAAAGCCAAGCGUUGAGGGCUGGGUUGACUACUGAAGUUCUGCAACGGACCUGGCAGAUUGAAGCGUAG